CGUCGUCUUGUAGAGGCGCGCGCCCGCCCGGCCCUGAGGCGGCUGCGGCGCGUCAUACUCUCCCCAGCCCGAGCCCAAGAGUGGGGAGGCGGCGUCCGCGGCUGGGGCUCCUGCUGUUGUAGUGGGGCAGGUGGAGACGACCUGCGGUGUCUGAGAUUUAAUCGAGAGACUGACUUCACUAUAGAAACAUAAUUGUCUUGAUGGUUGGGGAAAGAUAGUGGUGACAGGCACUGGAGAAACAGCUCUGAAACGCUAAAACAAUGAGCAUGCUAAAACCAAGUGGGCUGAAGGCCCCCACCAAGAUCCUGAAGCCUGGAAGCACAGCCUUGAAGACACCUGCGGCUGCCUCAUCUUCAGUAGAAAAAACAGUAUCUAGUGAGAAAGCCUCAAGCACUCCAUCCUCUGAGACUCAAGAGGAAUUUGUUGAUGACUUUCGAGUUGGGGAACGUGUCUGGGUGAAUGGAAAUAAGCCUGGAUAUAUCCAGUUCCUUGGGGAAACACAGUUUGCACCAGGCCAGUGGGCUGGGAUCGUUUUAGAUGAACCCAUAGGCAAGAAUGACGGUUCGGUGGCAGGAGUACGAUAUUUUCAGUGUGAACCUUUAAAGGGCAUAUUUACCCGGCCUUCGAAGUUAACCCGGAAGGUACAAACAGAAGAUGAAGCCAAUGGCCUACAGACCGCUCAUGCAUCCAGAGCUGCUUCACCUCUGUCCACUUCUGCAGCCAGCGCAGCAGGCUCGUCCCUCACUGCCCCUUCACAUGUUCCCCAUAAGUCUUCCCAGUCGACAGCCAAGGAACCUGCAGCCACACCUCAGAUCAGCAACCUUACGAAAACCACCAGUGAGUCAAUCUCCAACCUUUCAGAGGCUGGCUCCAUCAAGAAAGGAGAACGUGAGCUCAAAAUCGGAGACAGAGUGUUGGUUGGUGGCACCAAGGCUGGUGUGGUCCGGUUUCUUGGGGAGACUGACUUUGCCAAGGGGGAAUGGUGUGGUGUGGAGUUAGAUGAACCUCUUGGGAAGAACGAUGGUGCUGUUGCUGGAACAAGGUAUUUUCAGUGUCAACCCAAGUAUGGCUUAUUUGCUCCUGUCCACAAAGUGACCAAGAUUGGUUUCCCUUCAACCACUCCAGCCAAAGCCAAGGCUGCCGCUGUGCGACGAGUGAUGGCCACCACGCCUGCCAGCCUAAAGCGCAGCCCAUCUGCCUCCUCCCUCAGCUCCAUGAGCUCGGUGGCCUCCUCUGUGAGCAGCAAGCCCAGCCGGACAGGACUGUUGACUGAGACCUCUUCCCGCUACGCCCGCAAGAUCUCGGGCACCACUGCCCUCCAGGAGGCACUGAAGGAGAAGCAGCAGCACAUUGAACAGCUGCUGGCUGAGCGGGACCUGGAGCGGGCCGAGGUGGCCAAGGCCACCAGCCAUGUGGGGGAGAUAGAGCAGGAGCUAGCCCUGGCUCGGGACGGGCAUGACCAGCAUGUCUUAGAAUUGGAGGCCAAGAUGGACCAGCUACGGACAAUGGUGGAAGCAGCUGACAGGGAGAAGGUGGAGCUUCUGAACCAACUAGAAGAGGAGAAAAGGAAGGUUGAGGACCUUCAGUUCCGGGUCGAAGAAGAAUCAAUUACCAAAGGUGAUCUUGAGCAAAGAAAAUACAUUUCUGAAGAUCCUGAGACUACGCAGACCAAACUGGAGCAUGCCCGCAUUAAGGAGCUUGAACAGAGCCUGCUCUUUGAAAAGACCAAAGCUGACAAACUCCAGAGGGAGUUAGAAGACACUAGGGUGGCUACAGUGUCAGAAAAGUCACGUAUUAUGGAACUAGAAAAAGAUCUAGCAUUGAGAGUACAGGAAGUAACUGAGCUCCGAAGAAGGCUAGAGUCCAGUAAACCUGCUGGGGAUGUGGAUAUGUCACUUUCCCUUUUACAAGAGAUAAGCUCUUUGCAAGAGAAGUUGAAAGUCACCCAUACGGACCACCAGAGAGAAGUAACUUCUUUGAAGGAGCAGUGUGGAUCCCGUGAAGAGAGCUAUCAGAAGGAGAUUAAGUCUCUGCACUCAGCCACGGAGAAGCUUGCCAAAGAAAAUGAGUCCUUGAGAAGCAAGCUAGACCAUGCCAACAAGGAGAAUGCUGACGUGAUAGCCCUGUGGAAGUCCAAGCUCCAGACCGCCAUUGGGUCUCACCAGCAGGCCAUGGAAGCACUGAAGGUGUCCUUCAAAGGGCUUGGCACAGAGACAGCAGAAUUGGCCGAGUUAAAGACACAAAUAGAUAAACUGAAAGUAGAUUACCAGCAGGAAAUAGAAAAUUUGCAGAAUAAACAAGACUCUGAACGGUCUGCUCAUGCUAAAGAGAUGGAAACCUUGAGGGCUAACUUGAUGGGCAUCAUUAAAGAUAAGGAGAGCAGCUUAGAAGCCAUCAAAUCCAAACUGGACAAAGUGGAAGACCAGCACCUGGUAGAAAUGGAGGACACGUUAACCAAAUUGCAGGAAGCUGAAAUAAAGGUAAAGGAGCUAGAGAUACUGCAAGCCAAAUGCAAUGACCAAACCAAGGUUAUUGAUAAUUUUACAUCACAGCUCAAGGCAACUGAAGAAAAGCUCUUGGAUCUUGAUGCACUUCGGAAAGCCAGUUCCGAAGGUAAAUCGGAAAUUGAGAAACUUAGACAGCAGCUUGAGGCAGCUGAGAAACAGAUUAAACAUUUAGAGAUUGAAAAGAAUGCUGAAAGUGGCAAGGCUAGUAGCAUUACCAAAGAGCUCCAGGGGAAAGAGCUAAAGCUUAUUAGCCUGCAGGACAAUCUGAGUGAAGUCAGCCAAGUGAAAGAGGCUCUGGAAAAAGAACUUCAGAUUUUGAAAGAAAAGUUUGCUGAUGCUUCAGAGGAGGCUGUCUCUGUUCAGAGAAGUAUGCAAGAAACUGUGAAUAAGUUGCAUCAAAAGGAGAAAGAGUUUGACCAGCUGUCCUCUGAAUUGGAGACAUUGAGAGAAAACUUAGCAGAUAUGGAGGCAACAAUUAGAGAGAGAGAUGAAAGAGAAGAGUACUUGGUAAAGGCAAAGGAAAAAUUGGAAAGCGACAUUGCUGAGAUAAUGAAGAUGUCAGGAGAUAAUUCUUCUCAGCUGACAAAAAUGAAUGAUGAAUUACGUCUGAAAGAAAGAUGUGUAGAAGAAUUGCAGUCACAACUUACAAAGGCUAAUGAAAAUGCAAGUGCUCUGCAGAGAAGUAUUGGGGAGAUAACUCUUAAAGCUGAGCAGAGCCAACAGGAAGCAGCCAGAAAGCACGAGGAAGAAAAGAAAGUGCUGGAGGAAAAAGUAUUGAACCUGGAAAAGGAGAUGGAAAUGAGCCACAGCCGGUGUCAGGAUCUGAAAGCCAGGUAUGAAAAAGUGAGUUCUGAGACAAACACGAAGCAGGAAGAAAUCCUGCAGAACCUGCAGAAGACGCUGUUGGACACAGAGGAGAAGCUCAAAGCUGUUCAAGAGGAAAACAGAGGCUUGAUGCAGGAGCUGGAAGAACUGCAGAUACAGGCCAACAAAGCCAAAGAGGCUCAGACUGCAGAAGAUGCCAUGCAGAUAAUGGAACAGAUGACCAAAGAGAAGACUGAAACUCUGGCCUCCUUAGAGGACACGAAGCAAACAAAUGCAAAACUGCAGAAUGAAUUGGACACACUCAAAGAGAACAACUUGAAAAACGUGGAAGAGCUGAACAAAUCCAAAGAACUUUUGACUGUAGAAAAUAAAAAAAUGGAAGAAUUCAGGAAAGAAAUAGAAACCCUAAAGCAGGCGGCAGCUCAGAAGUCGCAGCAGCUUUCGGCAUUGCAGGAAGAGAACGUCAAACUUGCUGAGGAGCUAGGGAGAAGCAGGGACGAAGUCACAAGUCAUCAAAAGCUGGAAGAAGAAAGAUCUGUACUCAAUAAUCAGUUAUUAGAAAUGAAAAAGAGAGAAUCUGAGUACACAAAAGAGGCUGAUGAAGAGAAGGCUUCUCUGCAGAAAUCCAUUAGUGUCACUAGCGCCUUGCUCACAGAGAAGGACGCAGAGCUGGAGAAGCUGAGGAAUGAGGUCACAGUGCUCAGGGGAGAAAACGCUUCUGCCAAGUCCUUGCAUUCAGUUGUUCAGACUCUGGAGUCUGAUAAGGUGAAGCUUGAGCUCAAGGUCAAGAACUUGGAGCUUCAACUCAAAGAAAAUAGGAGGCAGCUCAGCAGCUCCUCAGGUAAUACUGAUACUCAAGCAGAAGAGGAUGAGAGAGCCCAGGAGAGUCAGCAAAUGAUUGAUUUCCUAAAUUCAGUAAUCGUGGACCUUCAGAGGAAGAAUCAGGACCUCAAGAUGAAGGUGGAGAUGAUGUCCGAAGCAGCCCUCAAUGGCAAUGGGGACGACCUGAACAGUUAUGACAGUGAUGACCAGGAGAAGCGGGCCAAGAAGAAGCCCCGGCUCUUCUGUGACAUCUGUGACUGCUUUGACCUCCACGACACAGAGGACUGUCCCACACAGACGCAGAUCUCUGAAGACCCGCCCCAUUCCACACACCACGGCAGUCGGAGUGAGGAGCGGCCAUACUGUGAAAUCUGUGAGAUGUUUGGGCACUGGGCUACCAACUGCAAUGAUGACGAGACCUUCUGACACAGCCUCAGGCGGGCCUGUGGGAGGCACUUGCGCUUACGCAGUCUGACACCAGCACCAGCAUCGCGUGCGUGGCUUCAGGAGAAUGGACCUUAUUUUUGACUCCAUCAGCAAAUCUAAGAAAAUAUUUUGGUCUUCAACAAAUUGUCCUUUAGUCUCCCCUUAUAAGUUAGAAUAAAUAAGAAUUUAGUAGGUGAGCUUUCACCUCUGAUUUUAUUUUCUUGGUUUUUAUGUUUUAAGAUGUUGGAUGCCAUUCCAUCUAUUGUCCCUAGGCAAACAUCGUAGAACAAGCCCUACCCUUGCAAUACCUUAUUUAAGAAACUUUAAAUUAUGCCGUUACUUUUCAUAUUUGCACUAAAAAUAUUUCCAGGCUGCAUUUGUAUAUUUAGAUUGUUUUUGGUUAAGCUUUGACACUGGAAUGAGUUGCAAAAAAUGUACCAUUUUGCAUUUUCAUUUACUCAAGAGUAUUUUAUUCUUAAGGAAUAUCAAGCUUUUUGCACUACCUGUUAUAGUAGUGCCUUCUUUCAGGCUUAAUGCUACUUCUGUGUGAUUAUAAAUCAUAAAACAGGUAGAGGGAGGAGAAGCCCCAGAUUGCUUUGGGGACAUUUUACAAUCUAUAUGCUGCACCCACCUACUCGACUGUGGUGUUUUCUUUAUUGGUUUUACAUAAUUUUAACGUCUAUAUAUGUAUAUAUAUUUUUAAAAAUCUAUAUUUUGGGAAAAAAACACAAUGUCUUUCUUUUCAGAUUUUUACUAUGAAAAAGAAAACACCUAAAAUGGUGGCUAGGAUGAAACAGACUAGGCCAGAAAUAGAAUCAUGUGGCUUUUCAACUAGUUUUUUUUUUUUUUUAAUACCAGGAAUCGAUAUAACUACAAUAUUUUUUGUUUCCAUUUUGCUUUUUAUUUUUCUAGCCAGAUCUAAAUAACUAAAGAUUUUUUCCCCAUUUUUUCCAUUCUGUAGCAGAUAUCCCUAGCAAUGAAUUAAGCCACUAUAAAACACCUAAAUUAACUAAUCUACUUUUCUUUACAAUUUGUUUUUACUGUUUUUAGAUGAAUGUAUGAUGAGAAAGUCACUAUUAAUAAUUAUGGAUUUUCUUAUCAAAAAAAAUGAAAUGAAGGACCUCAAGCACCAGAACAGUUUUAUCAACAGUCAGAAUCUAUUUAUCCUCAUUUGAAUGUCUUCUAGAAUAUGUAAAAAGUAAUAAAAUAUAUCUUCCAUCUACGUGUAUAAUAAGAAUUUCUAUAAUUGUAUAUAUACCUCUGAUGUAUUCCCCCAAGAUUUUCAACUGUGUCUUUGACAAGUGAAUAAAUAAGUCUAUUAUCAGUUGAAAUUUUUGGUCAAUAACAAUAAGCAUUGUUUCACAGGCGAAAACGUGUAAAGCAGUAUUAAAAUCUGAGCAAACGUGUUCUGUACUUUAAUAAAUGGUUAUUAUUA